AUGGGAAGAAAGCGCAACCAACGCAAAUCGAGCCCGUCGCAACGCUCUUUACUGCCACUCAUAACAAUGCCUCCCUUCAAGGAUGAGCAUACCUUGCUAAUUGCGCCGGGUUCGCAAAUGACCUUGGCGCAGCUCGGCCUGCCCGAAACAUUCACGCCCGCGCGAUUUCGGUUCCCAACCCGCAUGUUCCCUGCAGAAAAGAAGGGAGAAUAUGAGCCUUACCGUGUUCACGAGAGACGUCAAGAAGUCAAGGUCAACAAUGGCACGGAUGCCCCCAAGCCGGAUGUGGAGAUGAAGGACGCUGAGCCCGCCGCCGCCGAUGGUACCCCAGCCACAGAAACCACUGUCAAGACCGAUGGAAAUACCCAGGAUAAUGGCGAGUCAACCAAAACUAUCGAAGAGGUCUUCUACGAGGAGGACCUGGCUUCCGAUGAAGGGGCAAUCUAUCCGAUCGAGAACGGGCGCAUCGUCGACUGGCCCUGUUUCUUCGCCCUGCUCACUCACAUUUACAAUACGUUGAGCCCACCUUUCCACACGCCAAUUCUUCUUAUUGGUCAGCCCGUCUGGUCCGCACGCGAUCGCGAAGCAAUCACUCAAUUCGUCUUUGAGAAGUUCAAGGCACCCGCGUUUAGUCUUAUGGACUCUGCUCUUGCUGCUUGCUACGGCUACGGUGUACCCACAGCCACUAUUGUCGAUGUUGGAAAGGGCAAGGUCGAUGUCACUGCUGUGACCGACUUCGCAGUCAACGAACACGGCAGGGGAAUCGCACUGGAGGGAUGUGGUGGAGAUGCUAUGACCGAUCGUCUUGUUGAGCUGCUGGGUCCAAAGGGAUUUACCAGAGAGAUGUGUGAGCAACUCAAGAGAAGCAAUAUUACUGAGAUUCUGCCCCCAGGAACCCCACUGCCUGGGUCUUCUGCUACUGCACGCCAGGGCGCCAACCCUGCUGCUGCUGCCUCGACGGGCGGAUCAGAUGGAGAUGAGUCUGCUCCGCGCGGCCCAGGAGACGGCACUCAGACAGGAAUUGAGGGAGAUAAUGGUGACGAAGAGGAGGGUGUUCUUGAUGUCGCUGCGAUUGUCAGCGGCAACCCCACGGAAUACCUUGCCAAUGUCGAGAAGGAAAAGACCACUACCAAGAAAGGCGCAGCUGACCCCAAGGGAGCCCGUCUGCCUAACUCGAAGAAAGAGAAGGCAUCCUUCCAGUUCGAGGAGUUCGUUCAGUUGGAAGGAGAGAAGGCAGCUGCCCACGGUGCUCGGCAGUACAUUCGUCAUACUCGGGAUAUUGAAGUCAGUGUUGAGCGUUUCCUUUUGACUUCGCCGCGCUCGAAGGUCGGAAACCGCCUGACUAGUGGUAUCCUCGAUGACAUUGCGACUCAGAUUCACCACACCAUUCUUGCCGUUCCAGAUGCUACAAAACGAAGCGAGCUUUGGGACUCUUUAAUUAUCGUUGGAUGUGGAAGCAAGGUCAAGGGCUUCACACAGGCUUUGCUGGCUGUCAUCACGCAAAAGUUCAUACUUUCUCCAUCCGGCACCAUCUUCACGUCUGAGAUUCCUUCGAACUUCACCACCCCCUUCCAACCGGUGCCAACACACCGGCUCCUAUGGGUCAACCCGGCCCGAUGUACCACCCCUCGGCACCUGGAGUAA